GUGAACCGGAUGACGUGGGAUUGGUUGCUGUUUCCAGAACACACAAAUAUCACAAGAAGAUUACCACAGUUCACGUUAUUUUACAGCUUUUCUGUUUAACGUCGUUUAAUGACAACUUGGGGAAACUGAUUUUGUAUCACCGAGCAAAAACGGAACGUAACUUUUUGUUUAUUUAUCGGGCGCGCUCCCCGUUGUUUAAUGGUUUAAAUGCACAACAGCUGAUCAGAAAUGACGGACAGAAGCUAAAGAGAGUUAGUUUACUCGAUGCUGUCUUUUUAGCUUUCCUUUUCUUGCUCUAUUAGUCGUUUAAUAUCGAAAGCUUAUUUCCAUAUUGCAUUUACGGACACAAAGGCUGCCUGAAAUUUGUGUUUGUCGAUUGGUCAGUGGUAGCUAUUGCUAUUAGCUAAGAAAGUGAACUGUGGACAGUGAAGGGUCAUGGAUUUCGACAGUGUGCUGUCUAUCGCGUCCCAAAAUCAAGGGCUGAGCAGCUUACCGAAAAGGUAUAGCUUAAAAACUGGCCCACCCAAGAAAGAUCUCAAAGUGGGAGGAGUUAAUUCGGCUGCUGUGCAGGCCUUCUUGAAAAAAAAGGCUGUGGAGCAAAAGAAUAAAGAACAACAGGAUAAGAAAGCAAAAGAAGAUCUGCUGGCUAAAAGAGUGGAGCUGAAAUCAGAUAGGAAGGCACGAGCAAUGGCAUCACGAACCAAGGACAAUUUCAGAGGUUACAACGGCAUCCCUGUCAUAGACCAGCCUAAAAAGAGACAGUCAAAAGGAAGCAGUACGGAAGAGCAGCAGAGUUCAACAAAAUAUGAAGGUGGUGAUUAUGAUGAUGAGGAUAAUUUUGACUAUGAGGGCACAGAUUCUGAAUCUGAACCAAGUAGGCCUGUUAAACCUCAGGCUAUAUCUCGGCCUGAGUACUCCAACCGAGUAGAAAACAAACCAAAAAAACUCAGUGCUCCAGCUAGGCCCGCCUCGUCGUCAAUGAACUUUGCAGAUCUACUAAAACUUGCAGAAAAAAAGCAGUUUGAACCUGUGGAAUUAAAAGUAGUGAAGAAGACAGAAGAGAGGCUUAGAACAGCAGAGGAGAUCCGCGAACUUGAAAUGGAGCGCAGAGUUAAGAAACUGGAUAAAGGGAAGGAUGUCAGAUCAGACAAGAAUUCAGGACAGAAAGACAGCCGAUCUCAAACCAGCUCAAAUCCUCAAAAGAAGCAUGUAGACAGAGAUGGCAAAAAUGGAAGAUUUCCAAGGCCAUCAGAGGAGAAGCACCAGUCAAGCAGUACCAGCAAAAAGCCAAAGCUUCAAGCAUCUAGUGAAAGAACUCCAACUUCUGCCAAACUCCAUGGAGACAGAAGCAACUCAGGCUCCUCAGGUGCCUUAAAUAGUAAAUCUGCCAUGAAAAAUGGCGCAUCGUUUCAAGCGAAACAAGCACCACCCAGACCCUCACAAGGCCAAAGGCCCGCAACCUCAAGUGACCUUACCCCAAGGAAGGGGAAUGUCUCAUUAACUCAGGCGAAAUCAAGUAUUUCGGGAAGUUGUCCUCCUGGUGCAGCUAGACCAGGUCAAGGACCACAUAAAAACUCAGCUCAUGGAAGACCUAGUAAUUUCAGUACCAGUGGACCUUCUCAGAAACCAGCAAAUCCAGGGAAGUUAUCGCGACCUGGGAGCAAUGCUCCACCUCGGCCUGGUGGCAGUGGAGUGGUACGACCCUUCACUGGUGACCCCUCGAAGCAACCGAGACCAGGUGGUAAUUUGCAAAGUCAGCAGUUUCCAGGAAGCUCCAGAGCUUCUUUAAAUGGACCAAAGCGAAUGGAACGUGGUGUUUCUGGGUCACAGAUGAACAGGAUGAGCUCUGGCCCCGGAAGAUCCCAGUGCACUGUUGUUUCAGAGACCAUUUCAACAAAGAACAUUACACCGAGACCUGGGAUGGUCCAAAGACCCCCAGGGCCACAAGGUCCCAGGACUGUGAUUGGUCCCUCGGGCCACAGAAUACUGGUCAAACCUUCUGGACCAGCAUUGCCUCCUAUAACAUCCAGUUACAAACGGAAGUUCGAGGACGAAGAAGAGUACGACUCUGAGAUGGAUGACUUCAUUGACGAUGAAGGCGAAGACCAAGAUGAAAUUUCAAAACACAUCAGGGAAAUAUUUGGCUAUGACAAAAACAA